AUGGCUCCGCUCACCCGCGCCACCGCGCUGCCUGCACAGCGACCCGCCGCCAACCUUGUGGCGGAGCCCAGCGUCAUGCGCACUGUCCCCCGAUUCCUUCCGCUCGCAGCCGUCUCCGCGCGCCCCUCCGCCUCCACGCCCGCCAAGCCGGGGGGCCCGUUGCGGCUGGUGCUGCCCGCGGGAAUUGGACGAGCACCGGGCGCCAGCCGGGCACAUGAGCAGCAGGGGGAGCGGCAAGCGGAGCAACCGCGCGAGGAGGCGAUCAAGGGAGCAUCCCCCGCCAGCAGCGCGCGCCCGCUGCUCUCCGCCACUUUGGGGGCGCAUGGCGCGGCUUCCAGGGGAACCAAGGCGCGGGCAAAGGCGGCGGAUGUGGAUACGGGGGCAGAGAAUGCGCGGGGUCGUGGGGGAGCCGGCAAGGAAGGGGAGGCGGACAGCGGUGACGGUAGCGGAGGUGGCGAGGGGGCGAUGGAGGGGCGGAUGGAGGGGGCGGAGAGGAGGGGAGGCGGCAGCAGCAGCGAGGCCAGCGGAGGGCUGAUAGGGGAGCAGGAUAGGGGGAGCAGGGGGGGCGAGGAGGGGGAGGAGGACGGGGAGAAGGAGCAGAGGAGGCGGAGUGGCGGAGGGCGGGGGGGAGCAGCGGCGGUGAACAGGGGGGCGUGGACGGCGGAGGAGGACGAGCGGCUGGCGGCGCUGGUGGCGGUGCAUGGGGCGAAGAACUGGAGCGCCAUCGCUGCUGCCAUCCCUGGCCGACCCGGGAAGAGCUGUAGACUCAGGUGGUGCAACCAGCUGGACCCCGCAUUGAGGCGGGGCCAGUUCUCCCUGGAAGAGGAUGCGCGCAUCAUCACAGCGCAUGCCAUCCACGGCAACAAGUGGGCCCUCAUCGCCAAGAACCUUCCCGGACGCACGGACAACGCCAUAAAGAACUAUUGGAACUCCGCCAUGCGCCGCAAGUACCCCCUCCUGCGCGGCCUCCUCUCCACACCCGCUCCUGGGCCCCCACAACACUCCGCCUCCCCCUCCCACCCUACCCCGGGGCAGUCUGGCGGGCAGCAGCAGGGCGAGGGGGAGAGCGUGUACGAGCGCGCCGUGCGGUUUGUGGGGGCCGUGCAGGCGAGGGGCGUGGCGGCUCUGGUGGAGGAGGUGGAGCGAGUGAGGGAGGAGGAGGGCGUGGGGCGCAUCCGCAAGAUCCUGGAAGGUUCCCCUUUGGGGGAUGCCGCGCUGCUGCAGGCUGCGGAGAGGGAGUGGCGCGAGAGAGAGGCGCGCGGGCGAGGGGGGGAUGGGGGAGGGGGGUUGGGGGGAGGAGAGGACGAGGAAGGAAUUGCGAGGGAUGGGGACAGGGACGAUGAGGAGGCGGGAAUCAUGGAGAGGGAGGUGGGAGUAAGUGAGGGGGACGAGAGGUCGGAAGGAAUGGCAGAGGAGAGUGAGGAGUGGGGAGGGCAAAGAGGCAGGGCAAGGGCGGGAGUCGGUGAAGUGGAGCUGGAGGAGGAGGGGGAGGGAGAGGCGGCACAGGGAGUGGAGACUGGCGAGGGGGAGCGGUGUUGGCGUGGGCGCCUUGAAAGGGAGGCAGUGAGGGAGGCAGUGCAGCAGGCAGGUCAUGGGGAGGCGAGGGCAGGGGAGUGCAGGGCGAGUGAGGCGAGAAGAGGGGAGAGAGGAGUGAAGCAGGAAGUGGCGGAGGGGGUGGAGGGGAUGGAAGAGGAGGGUGAGUGGAGUGCCCCUGAGCCACACACCUCCACAGCAUGUGCUCUCCCUCCGCCCCUGACACAGUGUGACCUCGUGCCUGUUGCCAGCCGGACCCCCAGCAUCAGCCAUGCGACGAGCGGGGGAGGUGGCAGUGACAGCAGGCAUGCUGGGGGCAUGCCUGUGGGGAUCCAGGGUGGGGGUGACUCACUUGCAUGCGGUGCAGGUGGGGGCAGCAGCAGGAAACGGCGUUACGAUGCCUGCUUUGGUGAUCAUGGGGGUCAUGAUGGCGAUCAUGCUCCUGCUGCGGUUGCUGGUGGUGCUUCUGGUGGUGCUUCUGGUGGUGCUUCUGGUGGUGCUUCUGGUGAUGCUUCUGGUGGUGCUUCUGGUGGUGCUUCUGGUGGUGCUUCUGGUGGUGCUUCUGGUGGUGCUUCUGGUGGUGCUUCUGGUGCUGCUGAUGCUGCUGGUCGCACUGGUGGUGGUGACACUCCUGUUGCUGGCGGUGGUGGUGGGAACACGAGCCAGCACGAGAAUCUUUCCUGCCAUUUUGAUCGCCGCCUUCGCUUCCGAGCCUCGCCUACUGCUCUCCCUCCCACCCCCACGGCGCCUGCACCUGCUACUGCCUCAGCACCACCGCUGCUGCCUCCCACACUUCCUCCCACCACCACCUCUGCUGCUGCCACCUGCCCCAUCUCUCACGCCUCUCAAGGCACCACCCACCAGCCACAGUCGCCCUUGCCAUUGCCAUCGUCCCCACCACUCGCUCCCUCCUUCCCUGUCUCCUCCACUCAACCCCACCACCACCCCUCCCUACACCUCUCUUCGCGCUUUUCAUUCGCCACUCUCCCCUCUGGCCUCUCUCACUCCUCUCUCCUCCCUGCCACCCACACCCUCUCCGUUCUCCAGCCCUCACAACCACCCAAUCCUCCGACACCCCUUAAUUCCCAGCCACUGCCGCUUGACCGAGCCUCAGGUCCUGGUUCGGGUGAAAGCGGCCUGGUAGGUGCAGGGCAGGCGGCAGCGAAACAUGGUGGUGGUGGCACGAGGGGCGGUGGAGGAGGGAGCGGGAGCAUGAGGGGGGUGGGUUUGGGGGCAUUUCAGUUGGGGAAGGUUUUUACUGCAGUUCAGGUGACAGGGGGCGAUGAGAGCUUGUGCAUGCACAGGGGGUGUGAGGGCGAUGAACAGUGUAAGGCGGCCACGAGAGAAGGGGAGAGGCAAGGACAAGAGUGGGAAAAGGAAGGGGGCUGUGGGGGAGAGAGAAUGGAGGUGACGGGGGUUACGGAGGAGGAAAGCAGAGGGCUGCAGAGGAUGGAAAACAGUGGGUCAGGGCAAGAGAAGGCCCUGUGCUCACAUGGAAUAGAUCAGACCAACUCACAUCCCUUGCAGUACAGUCUGCAUGCAAACACAUGCCUUGCUGCAGUCCCAGAGCCAAUGCAAGACUGCCACGUGGCAGGGCAGGGGCGAUGUGGAUCACGGGUGCGGCGGCACGUGCAUCGGGUGGCGGCGUCGGCAUGUGGGUUGGCGCAUCUGCUGCUGGAGGAGCUGCAACGGCGGCACGGAGUGGUGGAGGGGCGAGCUGACGAGGAAGCGGCGGAGGAGCGGCGGCGAGGGGAGCCAGGGGAUGUGAGCUGUGGUGAGGGGUCACAGGCGAGAGCACUGGUGGGGGAUGCGGGAUGUUGCCGGGAUGAGCGGUGCUGUACGGUGAGCCGCGGUGCUGUUGAGGGUGCAGCAGAGGGCAUGGCGUGCCGGCAUCUGCUGGAUGCUAUGCUGACUCGCGGGGAGCGCGUUCGCGGAGCGGGCGGCCCGAUACUGCGCGGUCGCGUGGCGCGUGGCGGGGGCGGCAGCGCGGGUGGCGGCGGCGGCGGGCUUGUGGGCGGCGGUGGCGGCGGCGGCGUUCGUGAUCCGCGGGUGUGCGUCGCUGGUGCCGCCGUCGCUGGGGUCGGCGGUGCUGCCGCUGGUGGGCGCGAUGGUGGGCAUGGGUCGUACCCUCGGCUGGCUCGUACUGCUGCCCUCCCUCGUACGCACCCCCCUCGCCCCCCCCCUCGCGCCCCCCCUCGCCCACCCCCUCGCACGCCCGCUCCCUCCUCCAUCCACCCCCUGCCUCACACAUCCCCUCCUUGUGCGUGCACCCCCCCUGCCACUCUGAUUGCCGCCAUCCCCACGUGA